UUCUCUUCUUUUUACUGUAUUCUUUCCCAAACAAAAAUAAUGUUCUAAUUAAGCAAACAAAAUGAAGACAUUCGAAGAUUCCACCAAAGUGUGCCGAAUCUGUAUACAGGAGAAACCGGUCAAAAGGUUGCGCUCCAUAUAUGAAAAUUGCUUGGAUCAGCAACUUUCGGAUAUUGCCAAUAUACAGCUUAACAAGAGUCCCAACUUACCCACAAACGUCUGCAGCACUUGUUUAUCUCAUCUGAAAGCCGCCAUAAGGUUUAAACAUAAAAUUGUGAAUGCGGAAAUUCAGUUGAAAACAAUUUUCCAUGUAUCGCAAGCAGGGAAUGAAGGACCAUUGAAAUUUGAUAAAGACGUUUCUGAUACCGAAUCAGAGAAUCCCCAAAACACGAAUGAAUAUGAAUCAAUUGAUUCUGAUGAAAUGCAGUGGAAAUCUAAGGAGACUCAAGAGAGUGCUUUUGAUGAAACGGCAGAGCAAGUUGAAGAAUUCAAUUUUAAAAAAGAAACAGGUGAUGAAACAAAGGAACUAAAACUCCAUAAAUGUACAGAAUGUCCUAAAACAUUUAAAUAUGAUUGUGGUCUAAAAGCGCACAAUGUUAAACAUGGAAAAUUGAUGGAGUGUGAACCAUGUAAAGCCUCAUUUCGCUCUCUGAAAGUUUAUGAGAAACAUUUGAAACAACAUCCUGGAUACAAGCCAUUUUCAUGUGCAUUCUGUGACAAAAAGUUCUCCGUAAUAUCCACACUGAAAAAGCACCAUGUCCUUCACGAUACCAAAAAUAAACACUUGUGCAAAACAUGUGGGAAGAGUUUUGUGCAUGGGUUUGUCCUUAAGGGACAUUUGAGGACACACACAGGAGAGAAGCCCUAUAAAUGUGAUAUAUGUGAUGCCACAUAUAGCACCUCAUCCUUUCUUAUCAUCCACAAAAGGACUCACACUAUGGAAAGGCCUUACAAGUGUGAAGUCUGUUCAAAGAAUUUUAUUAGCAAAUGUGCUCUUAAAGCUCACAGCAGCACCCAUUCUGAUGAGAAAAAAUAUAUAUGCAAUUUGUGUGGCAAAGGGGCUGCAAGAUUGCCAGAUUUAAUCAUUCAUAUGAGAUUUCACACAGGUGAAAAACCAUAUGCUUGUGAUCAGUGUCCUAAAAGAUUUCCGACAUCCAGCAACUUGGCAGCACAUCGUCGGACCCAUCUGGGUGUGAAGGAACACAUUUGCGAAGUGUGCAGCAAGGCUUUUACAGAGUCUCAAACAUUGAAGAGGCACUUUAGGAUUCAUACUGGGGAGAAGCCAUAUGAAUGUACCAUAUGUGGCAAAAGGUAUGCCCAAUCAGGACAGCUAACGGUUCAUAGAAAAACCCACAAGGUUAAAGAGGAUACUCCAGAACUGAAUGAAUAUUUAUAAGAUAAUUUUUAAAUUAUUUGUAUUAUUUGAAUAAAAUAAUUUUGCAAGA